AUGUCUAAGGUGGAUGAAGAGAUCUUUUGUUCGAAAGAGAUGGUAUCCAGUCUGGCAUUCGGCCUGGCGUUCCUGCAGCGAAUGGACAUGAAGCCUGUGGUUGUGAUAGGAUUAUCAUGUCAGCAGGCUGGAGAGCAAUCAGACUCAUUCACUGAAAUCAAAUCCUUAUUACUCAAGAACUGCAGGAUCCUAACUGAUGCACUACACAGGAACUCAGCUGUCACGAUGCCGUUUUUUAAUGGGGGUUCCUUACUGAGAGCAGAGGAGACUUUGUCUCACAACAGUUUUGGGAACGUAAUAUCGGUGGAGGAAGAUCUAUUAAAUUGGAGCCUAGAGUCUGGUCACAUUCCUAUCAUCUGCUCUGUGGGAGAGACCUCUGACGGACAAUUAGUGCUUCUAAAUUCCUUGGGUGUCGCAGCAACAAUUGCCAAGUUAAUGCAACCCCUGAAAGUGAUGUUUCUGAACAAUUCUGGAGGUCUUCAGGACUGUGACAGAAAGUUUCGUCGUUCUCAAAGCGCCGCUUCAAGUGCCAAUGGGCGUUUUCAACAUCGAAUCUCUCUUGGUACCAGAUGUGGGGAAAACCUUCAGGUUGUGGGACAGAUCAAUCUUCCAUCUGAUCUAGAUCUUCUUUCAAAUGCCAACUGGAUUAGUCAAAAAGAGGAAGAGAAAGCAAAAGUGAUCAUGGAUCUCCUCAAUCACAUACCAUCAGAGUCAUCUGCAGUCAUCACUUCUGCCAACACCAUACUCGCAGAGCUCUUCAGUCAUAGAGGAGCUGGUACACUAUUCAAAAAUGCUGAACCCAUCCGCAGAUACACAAGUCUCGAUGAAAUAGACACAACCCGUCUAAUAUCACUCAUAAAUAAAUCUUUCGGAAAAGAUCUACACAAGGACUACAUUUCAGUACUGAAUCCCAGGCUCCAUUCUAUUUAUUUAUCAGAAGGGUACAGCGCUGCUGCAAUUAUCACCAGAGAACCUGUCCUGAAUGGAAUGCCGUACCUUGACAAGUUUGUGGUCAGUACAAAUAAACGUGGCCAAGGUACCAGCCUGAUGCUAUGGGAAUGUAUUCGGCAGGAUUUUGACUCUCUAUUCUGGAGAUCAAGGGCGACAAACAAAAUCAAUCCCUGGUAUUUCAAACAGUGCGAUGGAAGCUUUACAACUGGACAGUGGAUAGUCUUUUGGUACGGCCUGUCUAACAUGCGUGACUCUUACGAACUAGUGGACCACGCGGAAAGUUUACUUGAUUCAUUUAUACAACCAAAUCAGCCUAUAAAUCAACAGCCAUCAUCUGCUACAGAAAAUUCAAACUAAAUCUCAUCACUUUCUGUCCUAGUUUUUCUUUGUCAUCUGAAUCUGAAAAAUUGCUGCUGUAAAAUUAGAGUUGCCUUAGUUUCCUCCUUUGGCAUACCCAGUUGCUCUGAAUGUCUCAUCCUUUUUAAGCUGUUGAGUGGGAUUGGUUGCCUAUAAAUUCCGUUAUACUAAAAGAGUGAAGCAUUCUAUUUUUAUUAGCAUAAGGCUAGUAAAAUCAAAAUUAAAGGAGAGCUUCAAAAACAGUUACAAUUUUAAAAUCAAGUAUAUUUCUGUCUUCGACAAAAUAUUUGUAGUAAAUGAUAGCGAUGAUUGUUAAGUUUGUUUUUAUUAAAACUGAGGAGAGAUGCACACAGGCAGCUUGCUCACAGGCUCAUCAAAAAAGCUGUGCAAUCAAUCCUCUUUCAAAAAUGUCCAGGAGGAGAACAACUGACCAUUAAGCGAUGAGUAUGAUUUCUACUGAUUCAGAGGAAGAUUAGACACAAAGUGCAGUCUAUUGGUCAAAACAGGUUGCUAAUCAUACCUGAACUGAGGAAAAUGGAGCCAGUCUAAUGAGAACAAUUGCCUUGAAUGAGGUUUAAAAGGCUAGAUCUACAAUGUAGUAACCUUCUAGAGGGAGUUAACUUUAAAUUGAAUUCUGUAAAGCUCCUUGAAGCCAAUGUUCCUGUGAUUCUGUAUUCCUUGUACACAAUCUAAGAAAAAAGGAAAAAAAUGGUAGCUUAACAACCUUGAGGGAAUAGCCUACCUGUAUAAUAAAAAAAAAACAAAAGAACUGCGGAUGCUGUAAAUCAGGAACAAAAACAAAGUUGCUGGAAAAGCUCAGCAGGUCUGGCAGCAUCUGUGGCAAGAAAAAUCGGAGUUAACUUUUCAAGUCUGGUGACCUCUGACUUUUUCUUCACAGAUGCUGCCAGACCUGCUGAACUUUUCCUACAACUUCUGUUUCUAUCUGUAUAAUGCAGUUUCAAGUGUGGCUUUCUUCAAUGAUAGAAAUGACAAAUGCAAAUCACAUUGGUAGCAGCACAUACAUCCCUGGAACGGGAGCAUUGUGGUUGGUUAAUUAUCUGACUUGUAAUCCAGAGCCUUGAACAAACGAUCCAGAGGUAUACACAUACAUAUAUCGCUUUCAAUGUGUCAUGCAUCACUGUCAUACUGGACAAAAUGGGAUUCCUUUCCCUCCAUCCCCAUACAGCGCAUGGUCAUUGACUGUAUUACGUUUGGCAAUAACCAUAAUACCUUCAUUCUGCAGCAGUCAGCCUACAAAUGUGUCACCAAAGUGGCUCAAAAAACAAUUACUGGAUGACAAGAGCUUUCCUUCCUAUUUAAAUUAGCAGUUAGUACCUGGUUUGUGUGCUACCUGCCAUACACCCACCAGUCAAGGGGGAAUUGUGCUUUGUGGUCCCCACGUUCAUUUUCAGGCAUUAUGCAAAUUUAGCCAAUGCCAUAAUGCUGAUUAUCAUUAGAGGUAUUUGUGUCUGGAAAGGAAUGUGAAGAAAACUAUUAAUGUGUCAUUUACAUGUGAGAAUUGAGCCCGCUAUUCACAUACAAGAUAUCUGAGAGCAGUCUGGGCUCAAAUUCAUAAUGGGUUCAGGUAAGAAAUUUUCAUUUAAUUGUGUCUAUUUUCUUUCAGUAAUGGUUCCAUGUCCUAUCAUGGACCUGCAGUGGUACGAGUAUGUAUAUACUAUAUAUCAUUCAUAAAUUCAUUUCAAGAUAAUAAAGAACACAUCCAUCUUUCAAACAGACAUGUCAUUGCCUGUCCCAAUUUGUAGACCAUGAGUGAUAGGCUGAAUGGAUUAAUUCUGCUCCAAUCGAGUCUGCUCCACCAUUUGAGCAUGGCUGAUAUGUUUCUCAAUACUGGAAAGACAAAACUAGACCUGGAAUUAAUGCAACUCCAUCUUAGGUCUGGUGUACUUUUUUUUUCUUUCCUCCAUUUGUAUUUUGAGUAUUGAAUUCCUUCUUAGCCCUGAAAGCUUUCAAAUUAAAUCCGAUGUAUUCAUGAAACAAUUUGAUUUGGUCAAAGGAUCAAAAAUGCCAAGGCUCUCAAUCUGAAUGUCACUGAAGUGCUAUCACAAAUUACAGUAAAGAAUUAACAAAUUACUUUUCAGUUCUAUGCUGUUGAGAGAUUUCAAAUUCUACUCUUUAUCCAGCUGUUAUUAGUCGUGGACAAGGAUGAUGCCCAAAAAAAAAGAGCAAAUAUGAUUUUGCUUCAAUUUUCUCCAUUUUCAAAAGACAUUUUAUUCAUCAUAAACACUACCUCAAUGGAAAUCUUAACUCUUGGAGUAGGCAAAUAACAUCUUACUAAUCCAUUUACUCAUAAAAACGUUUGAAUAUUAAGUAGUAUCAGUGUAGUGAUAGGAGCAUCUGUUUAUUUCUCACUACCCUGAUAGAAGGGUAAUUUUGCAAGGCUUUUUUUCUAAUGAAUUUCAGGUCUACUAAGGCUGUGUGCUCAAUUGAAUGCACAAUUACAUUUUAUGAUGACUCAGUCCACUUAUACUCCAAGGAGUCUGACAUAGCGCUAACCAGUAUAUUCCUACCUGGUUGAUUUUUUUUUUGUAAAGAGAUGUUACUUCAAUAAGAUGAUAGAUUGCUUCAUGGCAUCAGAUGCCAUUAGGAUUUUCUGUCUAAAAGCCCAGUGUUUUCUCCGAGGUGCAUCUCACUAAUAUUUAUUUAUAAAAACAGUUUGAAACUGCAGCACGCUUAGAGUCUGUAUUCCAAUUUCCCAGUUGCUUUAUAAUUAAAAGGAGGGUAUUCUUGUAAGCCACUGUUUAUAGAUGAUGUUAUUAGAUGGUGAAGGAACUGGAUGCAUUGAAGCUGCUGGACAGUUUCUGUAGUCUCAUUUGAAGUCUAUUUUUUGCACUUGGAAGAAUCACCAUUGUGUUUUACUUUGGAAGAGUCAAGAUUUAACAAUAAUGUUAUUCUAAGUCAAUUCUAGUAGCUGCAAUUAUUUGAGAUUUUUGACCAGUACGUUUACUGAUAAAUGCACCUCUCGAAAUCUAGAACACAGCCAAUGCUAUCCUGGAUCACCAGAUACUAAAGUCAACAUAAAAAAGGUCAUAAGUUGUAAAAUGAACCAGUCUUAAAAAACAUUUACAGAGGUGAAAGAUAACUUCACUUAAAUAUUGACAGGCAUUAGAAUCUUAUGCUAAAUGUAAAAAAAAAACAUUAAAUACCUGAUCCACCAGAGCAAUGCAGCUUGUACACAUUUAUUUCAGAUCACCCCUAAAAUGUACAUCUUGUGAAAUAAGCAUGUGCUAUUCUGAUCAAAAACUGCAUAUGUUUUAUCUCAAUGUCUGUUUUGUUUAUUUAGCUCAGUAACAAAUUUAUUUUGUGAAGCAAUAUUUAAAUGUUGUGUAAUGAGAAGGCCAGAUGAGAUAAAUGUCUUUCAGUCUAAUUUAUCCUUUAAAAUACAUAUACCAUGUAACAAAAGUCAACACACAUAAUCAGCGUGUAGUACAGAACCAUGGUAUUGCUGAGAAAAGGACAUAUUUUGUUGAAGCUUUUUGUCACGCACUCUUCAUGACAAUUCAAGGGGAACAACAUUUUUGUACUGUAUUAGAAGGGUGUGCUGAUGGUUGGCAAGUGAAUUGGUAUAGAUAUUGCCAAGGAGAAUGCAUCAGUUACAUAAUGAGUAACAGCUUGCAAGUUUUAUUUACAUUUAAAUAGGCAGGUUGACUCUGAUCACCCUAAAGAAUCAACCAGAUGGCUGUUGCCUAUUUUGUUCAGUUUAAACAGGUGUAGUAGGUGUACUUAUCUUUCUGUCUGCAAGGAAUAGCCUCCUGCAUAUUAAUGUAUACAGCUUCCAGUGCAUGCAAGUGUGUUAUACUGUGAGCCAGACUGAAUCUUAAAUUGGCUGACAAUAUAAUUCAUAGCUCAUUCGGUAUUGUUUAGCAAAUGCUGACAAAUCACAGAAUCACAUCUGAUGUUGGACACAGUUUAGGAGUUUUGCAAAUAUGGACUGCUACUUCAUAGCAGCAGUGUUCGACAGCUAGUUUUGCCUGUUACUCAAGUUUGCAAGAUACCUUAACCUUCAGGAUAAUCAAGUCCAAAGUGGCAGCCUAGUCCCAUUUGUGAGCUUGUACAAUGUUCAGUAUACAAUGAAAAAAUAUGAUCAAGGUAGCCAUUUUCUCAGCUAUCUUUACUGGGAAAUGUACGCUUCGGGUCUCCUGCCAUUCCACACAGUGCAAGAUUGACCUUCCCAGCAGCCUUAAGGCCCAAGCCAUUUGCUCACCAUGCAUUCACAAAAGGUGAAAUAGGGCACAUCAAAGCCAUUUGCCUGAUAAUAUGUCAUGCUGGUUGUGUGCAAUAGAAACACAGGGGGGUGGUGAUCACCACUAACAGAUGCUGCCAUCAUGUCCAGAUGAUGUUCUGCCUAUCAUACAAAUGAGUAAAGUGGUAUAUGAAUUUCACAGCUGGUGGGAUGCUAGGUUUGCAGGCCAUACAUCUGAAAAAAAACCUGUCUGAUCAUAUAAAAUAGCAUGUCCCUUUGGUUGCUCACAAUAGGCAAAAUACUGACCUUGCCUAUUCAGCCCAUGUUUGCAAAACUCUGAAGAUAUUAUCACAUUUAGUGUUGGGAACUGUGACUGGGCAAGAUGGUCUAAAUAAAAAUGACAUGUACAAACAUUAUGCCAUUUCAACUGAACAAAGCAGAUGACAGCCAUUCUGAUUCAUUCCUCUGGGCAAUGCCUUGACGACUCAGACUAAAGCUACCUGGUUUAAGUUUAAACAAAGCCUGGCAGUUAACUGUCAGUCAUCAUCCAAUUUUCUUUGCAUUCUCCAAUGGCAUGGUUCUACCAAACAAUCAAUAUGCUCCUCUCAGUAUGAAAAUGUUCAUAUUAUAUUGAUGUUCCCUUUUCAGGAAAAUUUAAUAACUUUGACUUUUUUUGGCUCUCAGAAAUAUAAAAGUCAACAUUAAAAUUUAUAGUUAAAUUGGACAAAAUCAUUUCUAAUUCAUGCAUGGAUCUUCAAGGAGCCAGUUUUUCCCCAGACUUCAAGAAGAUUGUACUCAUAGUUUAUAAGAGUAAUGUAAAAAUUACCUGAUGGUUUAAUGAAUUUAGCCACGUGGUCCCCAUCCUGUACCAUGCCGAUUUAGUUGGUCUUACCCAUGUAGAGCUGUAACUGGUCACAGAGUUAGGCAAUGAAGAAAUAGCUAUGGGUUCCGCUGCCAAGGGUUCCCGCUAUCCAGUAACUUCUGUUGGCAAUGCAAGUAAGUGGAACCAGUGUUUGAUUGUCUUAGAUGCAGUGGAUGAACAGCCUGUAGGACCUCAUUUCCUAAACACCAGCAACAUAGUAAUAGCUACAAAAUCAGAUCUAUGUAUCUAACCAUUACAGUUUGCUACUUCUACAAAUCUAUAAUAUGGGUUUGAUAUUGUAAUGCCAUUCAUUAUAUCUAAAGGUGCUGAUUUUCUUGCCCAUAUUAAAAAUACUGAAUGCUCCUUUCCUAACCAGAAUUAAUUGAGCAAGUACCUCAACGUAUAGUGAAUAUCUGGUAUUGUUCCGAGUACUAAGUGUACAUAUCUUGCUUUGAACAGUUUACUUAAAAUGUAUCUGGUAUAAUCGGAUCUUAAAUUAAUUUGGCUAACUUUAACACUUGCUCUGCUUUUGAAAUAACAUGUACU